CUGCCAAGAUGGAUGAUCAAGCGUGUCCACGGUGUAAAACCACCAAGUAUCGGAAUCCGUCGUUGAAGAUGAUGGUGAACGUCUGCGGUCACGCAUUGUGCGAGAGCUGCGUGGACCUGCUCUUUCUGAAAGGCUCCGGAUCCUGUCCAGAAUGCAAGAUUCCACUGAGGAGAGCAAACUUCAGAGUUCAAAUGUUCGAGGAUUCUAUGGUGGAGAAGGAAGUGAACAUAAGGAAGCGUAUAUUGCGAGAUUUUAACAAAAGGGAAGAAGACUUUGCCUCAUUAAGGGAAUAUAACGAUUAUCUGGAAGAAAUUGAGACAAUAAUAUACAACCUGGCCAAUAACAUCGACGUAAUUGAAACGAACAAGCAGAUAGAGCAGUAUAAGAAGGACAACAAGGAGCAAAUAGCGAAGAGUAAAUCUAAGCUCGGCAGAAGCGAGUACGAGCUGGAGGAGAUGAUAGAAUUGGAGAAGCAGAAGGAGGAGGAGAGGAGGCUGGAGCUUGCGAAGGAGGAGGUCGAGGCGAAGAAGAAAAAGAUUCGCGAGAAGGAGGCUCUGAUCGACGAGCUGACGUUCUCCGACGCGAAUGCUAAGAAUAUCGUGGAGUCGUUCGCUUCCGCGAUACAGACCCAGAAGAAGGAGGCGAAGGCCGCCGUAUCUCCCGCCGUUAGGGCGACUCAGUUUAGCACGGGAAUUAAAUUUGGCAAUCAGGCAAAUCAGAACUACUCGGUGCCAAAGGUAGAAGAAGGACCCCUCUAUUCUUACACGCCUAUCCGACAGCAGAUAGAAGGGCCGUCGCCGCCUAACUGGCGGGAGCUCCAGGCUCGCGGAUACGUUUCGCAUAUACGAAACGAGUGUCAGGUCGAUAGAGCGGGUGGAUUUAGAGCGCACGUCGCGUGCCUGCGAGCGUUGCAGGAAGCGAUGGCCGGUUUGUAUCACAACCCAUCGCAACGACAAGCGGAAUUCGGGGCUGUAUGACCACGCAAGACAUUUUCGAACAACCCAUGUGAUAUAUCCCUGUUUGUUUUGACUUUUUAAUGACACUAAAUUGCUGCUUUAAUUAACUAAUCGAAAAAAUAAUUAUUAUUUUUGUUCGUCACAUGAGUUGUCAAUGUCAGUGUCGGAGUUUGUCCAUGCGGUGAGAGUGCCUUGAGUGUAAAUUGAUGCGUAUAUGACAUUUAUAGCUCAAAUUACCAAAGCACUUCUAUCAGAGAGAUGACUUUUUGCUCUGUUAAAUGUAUGUAUAUAUAUAUAUGUAUAUUGCUCACUUAUAAGAUAAUUUUACUGUUUAUAUUAGUUAAAAUAAAUACUGUAUCGUUAUAUUUAGAUUGAUGUGGAUUGCUUUUUGCGAUCAAAAGUUUUUCUGAACACAUUAUACUACGCUUAACGAAACGCGAUGUAAAAUUAACAUUGUUACUGGCGUCAAAAUAUUGUGUAAUAUAUUGUAUAUUACAUAAUAUAUAAUUCUGCAAAGAAGAAAAUAUAUACAUUUUUGUGAUUUGUAUGUCGAUGUUGUUUGAUGAUCAUCCAUUUAUAAAUAUAUUUAAAAUUAUUUGUAAUAA